UGUCGCGGCCGAGGCUGAAGCGGACCCCAUGGCCUGGGCACCGGCCCCGCUGGGCCGCGCACGGUGCUAGGGCCGGGGGCAGCGGCGAGCAUGGUGGGCGUCCUGGCCAUGGCGGCGGCGGCGGCUCCCCCUCCGGUGGAGGACUACGAGAUUGAGCCGUGCAAGAAGCGAAAGAAAGACGAUGACAGAUCUUCCUGCAAAACCAUUACAAAAUAUUUAUCUCCAUUAGGGAAGACUGGGGACAGAGUUUUCUCACCUCCAAAAUCUAGUAAUAUUAUGAAUUAUUUUAGAAGGACUCCACCCAGCAGUGAGAGAAGACAUUCCAUGAAGGAGUGCCAGAUAAAGUCUGCGCCAUUGCCCACCGACCUUGGCAAAGAGCAGGGGCUGCCUUUGGAAACACUCUCACAAGUAGAGGUUAAGAAGAAAGGAAGGAGGGUUAAUCUGUCUCAAAAACUCAAUGAUAUUAAAAUGGAAAAUGAAUCUCCAAUUGAAAUUAGUAGUGAUGAGAGCAAAGAAGACUGUAGUUUUAACACCCUUGAGGACUGUAACCCUUCCGUUUUACUGCCGAAGAAAUAUGUCAGUGCACCUGGAGAAUGCAAUCAAGAUAGCAAAAACCAAUCAAGUAUCGGGACCUCCAAGAAACAUGUUAAGAAAGUAAAUCCUAAGAAAGGGGCCGCAAAAAAUGAUGACAAGAGGUUGAGGAAAAGGAGGCUGCGAGAUACAGUAGAUAUGUCUGAAUGUUUGCCCCUGACGGAGGAACAAAAUCUGCUUAAAAAGAAUGAUAGAGACAGUCAACAGAUCAUGCCUUCCCUUGCUAAAGAAAUCAAGAACACUACAAAGGAUGCGGACUUGAGAGAUCAUGUAACUGAAAGAGACCAGUCGCAUGACAAUACAGUAACUGUCUCCUAUGAAGAAUUCCUGAAAAGUCAGUGGGAACAUGAGGUGGAGCAGGUACCAGAUUCUACCGUGUCAAUUUGUGUUCCUUCUGAAAGUGUCGAAGAAAUAGUCAAAAGUAGUGAUGUGAGAGAAAUAGAAAACUGUGACAUUUCUCCACAGGUACGUUUUAAGACAGUUACUGUGCUUGCACAAGUUCACCCUAUCCCCUUAAAAAAAUCAGGAAAAAUACCCCCAAUUUUCUUGAAACAGAAGCGUUCUGAAGUGGAAAAUAGCCUAUCUGAUCCUGAGAAUGAACAGAUGAUCCAGAAAAGGAAAUCAAAUGUUGUCAUACAGGAAGAAGAAUUAGAAUUGGCAGUUUUGGAAGCUGGAACUUCUGACGCUGUGAAACCGAAAUGCACUCCGGAAGAAAGACAGCAGUUCAUGAAGGCAUUCAGGCAGCCCACAUCAGAUGCACUGAAGGAUGGAGUCAAAAAACCCGACAAACAGAAAGAACUCAGUGACAAAUCUUCCGGGGAGGAAGGAAGAGAUGGCAGUGCUAAAAAAAUCGUGGACGGUACUCACACUCAAAUGCUUGCAAGUAACGACUGUGCACAGGCUCGCAAGGAACGCUGUCCUAAGAAAAGUAAAAAGGUCAAGAAAAAGGGAAAGAAGACCUCAGAUAUUGGGGUUCCUCAGGCUGAAAACGCAGAAAUAAAUACUCAACAGCAAGAAGCAAUCUUUUCCUUUAAAAAACCACAACGCCAGAAUAGGCUUAGAAUGAGUUUAAGACGAAAGAAAGCAGGCGUUUUCAGAAGCACCCCAGUUAAGAGUAAAAGACUUGUUUGUGAAAACCCAGCAAGUGAUGACCCUCCACGCAAGAAUUACAAACCAAGAAAGACGAGCACAGCAGUUAAAGAUAAGGUUACUCCUUCUAAAGCCAAGCCUGAGGAGAGCUUGGUGAAUAUUUCCACACCCAAAUCAACCAGAAGAUCUGUAAGACACAGCACGCCCACUAUGGUGACGAUGAGAGGGACCUGUUCCGAAGGGGCCCCUGAGGUCAGUCCAGCUAAGGCGUCCACUCCCAGAGCAGCCAGCUUUGUGGACAGGCACGGCCUCUACACAGCGGAACUGAUAACAGUACCCUCUGACUCAGAGAGCCCCAUCAGGAUGAAGUUCACCAGAAUUACCACUCCCAAAAAGUCUAAGAAGAAAUCUAAAAAAAAAUCCAAGAAAUCAGAAACAACUGAUGAAGAUUUUAUUUCUCCAACGAGAAAGGCAAGCAGCGCUUCAAAAAAUGUAUCCAAAGCAAAGCAACUAAUUGAAAAAGCGAAAGCUUUACACAUCAAUAGAACAAAGGUAGCCGAAGAAGCAGUUGUACCAUUAAGGCGCUCCUCUAGACGUCAGAUGCUUUCUGAAAAGAAAACAUUGUCAAAAUCAGAAGACUCUGUCAUAAUAAUAGAUUCAAGUCUGACUUCUCUAAAGCAUUCAGAAAAAAAUCAGAAGAAACUUCCGAGUUUGAAUGAUGUACUAGGAAAAAAAAUUAACAAGCCUCCUAAAAACAUACCCGGAAAAAUGAAGGUUGCUCCUUUAUUCCUUGCCAGAAAGCCUCAAAAAACAACUGGUCCUGUCCUUGGCUUUGAUGAAAGCAGUCAAGAUACGUCUGAAAAAUCUGAGGAUUGUAACGCACAAUUCAAAGCAAAGCGUGACUUUCUGAUGAGCGGUUUGCCAGAUUUACUGAAACGACAAAUUGCAAAGAAAGCUGCCGCGCUGGAUGUGUACAAUGCAGUGAGUACCAGUUUCCAGAGAGUUGUUCAUGUGCAGCAAAAGGACGAUGGCUGCUGGUUGUGGCAUCUGAAACUGCCCUCUUGUCCGCUCUUAACUACGUUUAAGGAACUGACCACUAAAGUGAGGGAUGUUUCCAAAUGUGUUAUUGCCCUUGGUGAAUUUUCAACUUUGAAUUCAAAUGUGCAAAGUAGUAAAGCUGUGUUUAUGAGAAAAAGGAAGGAUUUUACUGAGGAAGUAAGAAAUCUUUUGUUGGAGGAAAUCAGGUGGUCUAAUCCCGAAUUUUCUUUGAGAAAAUACUUUCCCUUGCUUCUGAAAAAACGAAUUGAGCACCAGGUACUUUCUGAGUGUCAUGGUAAACAAGAAAGUCUACAACUAGAACCGGAUGCCAUUCAAAAAGAAACCAAACGGAAACGAAUUGAAACACAGAAUUAUAAGUCAAAGAGGAAGAAAUCAUGUGAAUACUCAGAAAUUCCAGAAAAGGAAAGUGGGAAGCCAGAAAAGCUUAACAGAAGAAGCACUUCCUGUGGGGUGAAGUCAGGUUCUCCCAGAGAUUCUGGGAUUGAAGACAUGCUUUGGACAGAGAAGUACCAACCUCUGAAUGCCAGUGAACUUGUGGGCAAUGAGUUAGCUAUAAAAAAGUUACAUGGUUGGUUAAAAGACUGGAAAAGAAGAGCUGAAUUGGAAGAAAGGCAAAAUUUGAAGGGAAAAAGAGAAGAGAAACAAGAAGGUAUUGCAGACGUUUCGAGUACCCUGGACUUCCAGGGCAGUUCGGAUGAGGAAGAGGGUCGUCUGUGCAACACUGUUCUGAUAACAGGGCCGACCGGCGUGGGCAAGACCGCCGCAGUGUACGCCUGUGCUCAGGAACUUGGCUUUAAGAUAUUUGAGGUGAAUGCAUCUUCCCAGCGUAGUGGUAGACAAAUUCUGUCUCAACUGAAAGAGGCUACGCAGUCCCAUCAAGUAGACAAGCAAGGGGUAAAUGCACAGAAGCCCUCUUUUUUUAAUACCUACAACAUCGGCAGAUCUCCAAAAAAACUAAACUCCCCUAAGAAGGUUGUUACAUCUCCAAGGAAAGUUCCUCCAUCAUCGCCUAAAAGUAAUGGACUUAAACGAGCACUGCCCCCAAAAACUUUGGCAAACUACUUUAAAGUAUCUUCUAAACCAAAAAAUAAUGAAGAAAUAGGAGCACUUUUGGAAAACAGUAAAGAAAUUGAAGACAGUUUAGAACAGAAGCAGAUUAUUCACAUGAAUUCUACACAAGCACCGACUAGAGGAUUUGGAGCUGAGGAAUCCAACAGAAAAAAUGCAACAUCUCUUAUUCUUUUUGAAGAGGUUGAUGUCAUUUUUGAUGAAGAUGCUGGGUUUUUAAAUGCGAUCAAAACAUUCAUGGCAACAACUAAGCGACCUGUAAUCCUGACUACAAGUGAUCCAACAUUCAGUUUGACGUUCGAUGGUUGUUUUGAAGAAAUCAUUUUUAAUACUCCUUCCUUGCUAAAUGUUGCCAGCUACCUACAAAUGAUCUGCUUAACUGAGAAUGUUAGAACUGAUGUAAAAGACUUAGUAACUUUGUUAACUGCAAACGCUUGUGAUAUUAGAAAAAGUAUCCUUUUCCUACAAUUUUGGAUCAGAAGUGGAGGUGGAAUUUUAGAAGAAAGGCCAUUGUCCUAUUGUCGAGGAAACAGCAGGAAUGUACUCACAGGUUGCUGCAGAGAUGGUCCUGAUGCAAAAAACAUCCUUAAAAAUAUUAAUAAGAAUUGUGUAAUCCUUCCUCAGUGUGACAGCGGCUGUGUUGAGACCUUCUUUGGUCUGAAGAACAUUUUUGCCCCAUCUGAUGGCUUACUCUCGUUUCUGAAGCUCAAAAUCACAACAAAAGACGAAUGGCAUAAACUCACCCAACUUCUCACAGAAUUCCAAAUGCGAAGUGUAGACUUUUUGUAUAGCAAUCUCGAGUUCAUUUUACCAUUACCUGUUAAUAUUUUUCCAGAACUAAAACCUCUCCAUGGCUCCUCAGAAAGUCCCAAUCCCAGCACUGCCACAAACAGUGCAGCCUGUCCUGCUAGGAAAAAUCCCAGAGAACAGCCAGGGAAAAAGAUGCCCAAAAGGAAACAGAAGAAAAAAAUAGUGACUCUGGAUGAUAGUGACCUGUUUGACAGCGACCUAAGCUUUCCUGAGGAAUCUGUGAGUCUGUCCCCCGUGUCCAUUUCCUCCAUCUCGGAAGACAAAGAAAGCGAUCCAGAUGCAAAGAAGCUAGAUGAGUGCUUAGUGUCCAGUGCUGAGUCAGCUCCCCAUCCCCCCACAACACCGGCAGAAAAGCAGCACUCUGCCCUGGUCUCCCGGUGCCUCAGCUGUCUCACCGAGUUCCUGGACAACAUGUCCUUCCUCGACGCCCUUUUAACUGACGUAACAGAGCAAAAGGAGCUUGGUAAAAACGACUUCAGAUGGACCCGUGGGAAGGUUAAAAGUGGGCUCUGCGAUGAGUUUAGCCUCGAGAGCGGGGACAACGGAUGGGCUGCUCGAAGCUCUGCGGAAGUGAAGGCAGCUGCAGAAGCUCUCAGCUUCACCAAGUGUUCCUCUGCUCUUUCCAAAGCCUUGGAAACAAUGGAUUCUUGCAAGAAACUAGGAAGCGAUCCAACCAGUGAUCUUAGUAUUUAUGUUUCACAAAAGCGUGACAGUGUGCACUUCAACCAGUCCGCAGCUAACUUAGACCAUGCACAGAAGAGGAUAGCAGUCGUUAAGAGUGUGUUUUCUAGUCGAUCUCUAGUGAAUCUGGGUAGUAGACAAGCUAGUGUAACCGAAUAUCUGCCAACUCUCCGAAGCAUUUGUAAAACUGAGAAGCUCAAAGAACAAGAAAAAAACAAAAGGAGGUUCCUGCAUUAUUUUGAAGGAAUUCAUCUUGAUAUUCCAAAAGAGACUGUGAAUACCUUGGCAGCUGAUUUCCCUUAAUAGUCUGCGUUAAUUGUGUACAGAUUAUGUGGUCCUUAAGAUAUUUUUGUAUUAUGUUGACUUUUGUGGAAGAAUUUAUUUCUUAAUGUACAUGUAAAACAGACUAUUUGUAUAUUUUUUAUUUGUGUAUAUAUUUAAGAUGAAAAUAUUUGAGUUAAAAAUUGUAUAUACGAUUGUGGUAGCUUUUUCCUGUAAUUUUUGCAUUACCCAACUUUACUUUGAAGGAGCUUUUUUGUGUGUCUAUGGAAAUGAAUUAACUGUUUCUAGAAGGUUGAGUUCACUAAGAUAUUACUAAAGGUGUUUUGAUGAUAAACCAAUUUAUAAUUUCUCCCUGUAACCCUUAAACAUCCUGUCAAAUAUUGGUGCUUUGUCAAACUGUAAAUAUGGUCUUUUAAAAAUUGUUUACACAAUAUGAAAUAUAAAAUUACAUAUUAUGUAUAAUAUGUAUGUAAUUACAUAUUAUAUAUGUAAUUAUAUACACAAGAACAUUUCCUAAGAAAAUUAUGCUUCAAAUUUGGGGGGGAGCGGGGAGGGAAAGCUUGUCCUGAUUAAUUUAUCUGUAGUGUUGUCCUCUGGCAAAUUUUACCAUUGAAUCAUUGGAUCCUGACAAUGUAAGAUCAAGAUUAUAAAUUCGUUUUCAUAGGCCUUUUUCGGCAGCCGUGUGAUAUUGUGUAUAUUUGCCAGCUCAGGUCAUUUGCCUUGUACAUUUGCUUAUAUUGUUAUUUUGUUGAUGUUUAUUUUAUAAAGAUAUUGACAUUAUGUGUUUGUGCAAGAUGCUGUUAAUUAAAGCUGUGACAGGUUUGUUUGUGUUUA